AUGCCUGCGGGGCCCGCGCGAGAGCCACCUGGAGGAGGAGGAGGAGGAGGAGGAGGAAGAGGAGGAGGAGGAGGAGGACCCCCUCCCCCUCCAACUUAUGGUGGUGGUGGUGGAAAACAAGCCCGUCAUCGCACUCUCCGGGCCUGGCCCGAGGAGUGGUGCAAAACGGAGCCCCGGAGGGCUCGGCGGCAGUCCGCGCAUGAGAGUGCGGAGGAGGAGGAGGAGGAGGAGGAGGAGGAGGAGGAGGAGGAGGAGGAGGAGGAGGCGCGCGGCCUCUUCCAGGGAGCCCCUGCCCCUUGCCAGAGGCCUCGAGAGAAGGGCUUCUUGGGAGGCAGACGGGCUCCAAGGCACGGGGGCGCCCUCUCAGAGGGCCGCCACCCUCGGCCAAGUGCGCCCCUGGGCCUUACCCGCCCGGGCCCGCCGAGACUUUUUCGGCGGUGA